AUGCUCCCGUCGGCGCUCCCACCCGCACAGGUGGUGAGGAAGGGCGGCGCCAAAAGCUACAAGGCCAAGUUCAUCUUCUACGCCACCUACCUGUCAGAGAAGAUCGGGUACUGGAGGUACACCACUAUCUUCAGGCACCUCAAGGCGAACCCAGAGUAUCAGGUGUACCCCAUCUUCAAGUACUUCGGGAACUGGUGCCCGGACAAGAACCGGCACAGGGAUUUCUUCGCACUGCUCAAGGCACAGCCGCAGUUCCUCAAUGACUGGAAGGCCAAGCUCUGGUCAUGCUUCUUCUGCCUCUCGAUUCUACUUGUGGUAAAUGUUGGUUCAUCAGGUGAUGGAGACAUAAGCCACACAUACAGGCUAUUUGCAUCUGGCCUUAAUGGUGCAGUCCACAUGUGGGGCAAGCGGCUAAGUAAGACACAUAGUCGUGAGCUUAGAGCACUUCUGGACAAUCGGGUUUCUUAG